CACGAAAAUUUACCAGAGCUAGACGGACCAGACGAGACCAGCCCGCUAACUGUACCACGAUCCAGUGUCCACUGUUGACUCACUGCGAUGUGCGAAAUGUACAAAAUGCAAAAGGGCUGAGAAACAAUGGCUCUUGGAAUUCAAUUGCUCACAAUCGGGGCGCUAUCGCCUGCACUUCCAUUUCCCGGUCUGUUGACACGAUGCUAGCGAUCUGCAGAGCGAAAGCGGUAUCUCGUUCCUAUUCACUGCGGGGAAAACCGCCGAAAGCUCUCUUGCGUGGUGCAGGGUUGCAUGUGCUUGCAAAAGCUACUAUCGUUCCAUCUGUUCGAACCCCUCCGCUUACCGGCUGUCCCUCUCGUCCCGUCAACCUCCCCUCAAUUGCUUCACCAUCAGUGAGAUCAUUGUGGUCGGCGUCUGAGAAAAUGGCAGCUACUAAGAUUGACGGCACCGCUAUUGCGAAGGGAAUCCGAGAAGGCUUGGGUGCUGAAAUCCGAAGGAAGCAGGAUGAAAACCCGAGAUAUAAUCCUUCGUUGGUGAUUGUCCAGGUCGGUGACCGUGCGGACUCAAGCACCUAUGUUCGCAUGAAAUUGAAAGCUGCAGAGGAGGCGAAUAUUGUUUGUAGCUUGGAGAAGUAUCCCGAGACCAUCUCAGAGGCAGAGCUGCUUCAGCAAAUCACGAAGUUCAACAACGAAACCACUGUCCACGGCAUUCUCGUCCAGUUGCCCUUACCGAAACACAUCUCUGAGCAUACGGUCACCUCCUACGUCGCUGACGAGAAAGAUGUCGACGGUUUUGGAGUUGCGAACGUGGGAGAAUUGGCGAAGCGGGGCGGAACGCCUCUGUUCACGCCGUGCACGCCGAAAGGUGUCAUGGUGCUCCUAAAGGAAGCCGGUGUGGAACUGGCAGGCAAGGAUGCGGUCGUCCUAGGGCGCAGCGAUAUCGUCGGCAGCCCCGUGAGCUACCUCCUCAAAUCCGCCGAUGCGACCGUGACUGUAUGCCAUUCUCAAACCCAGAACCUACCGGAGAUCAUCAAGCGAGCCGAUAUCCUGGUUGCCGCCAUCGGGAAACCGGGUUUUGUUCAGGGUGAAUGGCUGAAGCCGGGCGCCGUAGUCAUUGACGUUGGCACGAAUUACAUUCCCGACUCGACCAAGAAGUCCGGCCAGCGACUUGUCGGAGACGUUGACUUUGAGAGCGCUUCACAAGUGGUUUCGGCUAUCACGCCCGUCCCUGGUGGUGUGGGACCAAUGACUGUGGCCAUGCUCCUUCAGAACGUUGUCGAUGCAGCCGAUGCAUACUUCGAAAGACAGCAUCAGAGGCACAUUACCCCCUUGCCACUCAAGUUGGAACGCCCCAUUCCAUCGGAUAUUGCGAUAUCGCGGUCCCAAAUACCUAAACUCAUCGGUCUAGUGGCAAAGGAAGUAGGGAUCGCACCUCAUGAACUCGAGCCAUAUGGCGCUUUCAAGGCCAAAGUUGACCUCAAUAUUCUCAAAAGACUGGAGCAUAGAAGAAACGGUAGAUAUAUCGUCGUAACUGGAAUCACCCCAACCCCGCUUGGCGAGGGAAAGUCCACGACCACUAUGGGUCUCAGUCAAGCCAUCGCCGGCCACCUCGACCGAAUUUGCUUUGCAAAUGUUCGACAGCCGAGUCAAGGUCCAACCUUCGGAAUCAAAGGUGGUGCCGCUGGCGGAGGAUACAGUCAAGUCAUCCCGAUGGACGAGUUCAAUCUGCAUCUAACCGGAGAUAUCCAUGCCAUCACGGCUGCCAACAACCUCCUUGCAGCAGCGAUCGAAACAAGGAUGUUCCAUGAGAACUCGCAGAAAGAUGCUGCCCUAUACCGUCGAUUGGUCCCUACCAAGGGUGGGAAACGGCAAUUUGUGCCUAUCAUGUUCCGGAGGCUCAAGAAGCUUGGGAUUGACAAGACGAACCCGGAUGAGCUCACAGAAGAAGAGAUUAGGAAGUUUGCUCGCCUUGACAUUGACCCUGAUACCAUCACUUGGCGACGAGUGCUCGACGUCAACGACCGCCACCUUCGAGGGAUCACGGUCGGUCAAGCAGGCACUGAGAAGGGCCAAACACGCGUGACCGGAUUUGACAUCUCGGUCGCCAGCGAGUGCAUGGCCGUGCUGGCUCUUAGCAACUCGCUCGCGGAUAUGCGGGAACGUCUAGGCAAAAUGGUUGUUGCCAGCUCAAGAAGCGGUGAUCCCGUCACUUGCGAUGAUCUCGGCGCAGGGGGAGCGCUCACCGCGCUCAUGAAGGAUGCCAUCAAGCCAAAUCUCAUGCAGACGCUCGAAGGCACGCCCGUCUUCGUGCAUGCCGGUCCCUUCGCCAAUAUUUCGAUCGGUGCCUCGUCCAUCCUUGCCGACAAACUGGCCCUGAAACUUGCCGGUACCGAACCCGGUGAAGAUCACAACAAGAAGACCGGCGUGGUCAUCACCGAGGCCGGAUUCGACUUCACCAUGGGUGGCGAGCGUUUCUUCAACAUCAAAUGCCGUUCCUCUGGUCUUGUCCCUGACACAGUUGUUGUGGUCGCCACCGUUCGUGCCCUCAAAGUUCAUGGUGGCGGUCCGGAUAUCACCCCGGGCGCUCAACUACAAGAGGUGUACCGCACCGAAAACAUCGACCUGCUUCGUAAAGGAUGCGUCAACCUCAAUAAACACAUCGCCAACGCUAAAUCCUUCGGCGUCCCAGUUGUUGUUGCCAUCAACCGCUUCCACACCGACACGGACGCUGAAAUUGCCGUUGUGCGCGAAGAAGCUCUCGCUGCUGGUGCAGACGAUGCCAUCCCCGCGACGCAUUUCGCAGACGGCGGAGCGGGCGCUGUGGACCUUGCUCAUGGUAUCCUGAAAGCUGCCGAGAAGCCGAAGCCUGACUUCAAACUCCUAUACGACUUGGAAGGCACCGUCCAAGAGCGCAUCGACAAGAUUGCGAAGUCAUUCUACGGCGCCUCGGCAGUAGAGUUUUCCGAACUCGCACAGAAGAAGGUCGAUAUGUAUCAGAAGCAAGGUUUCGGGAACCUGCCCAUUUGCGUGGCGAAGACGCAGUAUUCGCUCAGCCAUGACCCAGCUUUAAAAGGUGCACCGGAAGGGUUUACAGUGCCGAUUCGAGAUGUGCGGAUGGCAGCGGGUGCCGGAUAUCUGUAUGCUCUUGCUGCAGACAUUCAAACCAUCCCCGGCUUGCCAACUGCCCCAGGCUAUUUGAACGUCGACGUCGAUCCCGAGACUGGUGAGAUUGAUGGGCUCUUCUAGUCAAGCUAAAGGCGAUUUCACGCACCAGUGGGUUGCAGCGUGGAGCCACGCAGCACACCAAUUUAUUCAACAUCACCGCAUAGCGAGGCGCAGGGAAUCCUUGGUUCCUUUAACCAUCCACGGAUGACAUGUCCAUUCAUUUUAUUUUAGGAAAUGAAGGCAAGUGCCACCACUGCAAUUGCCGAAAUAGUUGCUUUUGCCAUGCUUUUCGUGUACGCUCGCACUAAAUGAAAGAAAGAACCUAUCCCAUGCUUUUCAUGUACUUUUGCACCAAAGGGAGAUAUACCUCUCCUAUGUCGUUAUAUUGUACAUCAGGAUGCCCGCAUUGCAGGUGUUUAUGUGAAAACAGUGUCAGCUAACCCUCUAUGUAAGACC